CCAUAUUCUUAGCUUCCAAUAUUUAAUUCUCAACUACAGAAAUGUUCUUUCAACAUAAGCACAAGUCAAUUAUUAAAGAUUUUCAGUAAGAAAGGAGAAAAUGAUGGAAAGUGAGAUCGAUCACCUUGUAAGCGAUGAUUGUUCUCGAUCAGUGAGAAUGCGAUUCAGAAUGCGAAUGAGCAUAGAUCUGAUUGCAGGCGGCUCCGCCCACGCGGUGGCGGUAUAUACCGAAGGCAACAAUGGCUAUGCCGAUCGAGGCCGGUAGUGGAGUGGCGGAGCAUAUUCGACAGCAUCGGUUGCUUCCUUGGCUGGUUCAUCCUCCUGCACGUCAGUCCGAGAGAUUUCGCCAUUCACACCCCCCAAUGUUUCUACCGGAUGAGCAAGAUCAAAUUCCAUCAAAUCAUAUCAGAAUUGAUACAAUCGGAUCCAAUCAAUUUGCACCAGAUUCAAUCAGAUCAAAUUAAAUCUAAUACUACUCCCUUCCCUCCGUCGUCCAAAUGGUUUGACCCGGCACGCAAAUUAAGGUAGAGUAAAAAUGUGUUUGACUUUCCCAAAAUACCCAAUCAUUCUCCUUCACCCAGUCAGCCUCCCAACUCCUCCAAUCUUCCGUCAACACAACCCAAUGGUCACACUCCAUCUCCCCCUUCGUCCAAAAAAUUGAAAAAGUAGAUCUAAAAAAUGAAAACACGAAUCGGAAACAAAGAGGAUGUCACGAUCUAUUUAGAGAUAUAUUUAGAUCUAAUGGGGAGGAAGCCGGCUCGCCUGAGCAGCGACCCAAACUGGAUGGAGAGGAUGGAAUUACCAAAUAAAUAAAGAGAGGAAUAAAGA